AUGGCAUACUCAGUGUCGUUUUGCUCCUGUUCUAUCAACUAUGAUAAUCUUUCUUAUAUUACUUCGCAUUUAAACUCUAAAAAACAUAUAAAAAUAAAAAACACAUAUAAAAAAUGGAAUUCUGAACGACAACAAGGCAUUCAAACAAUUAUACGAGCAGCAGAGUCCAAAAAAGCUGUAAUAAAUGAGUUUCUUAAGGCGUGGGUUAAUGCCAAUAUUCCUUUAGAAAAAGUGGAUAAACUUCGUCCAUUUUUAACAACCUAUUGUCGUGAAGAUGGUAGUGCUAUUCCUGCUGCUGAUACUUUGCGCCGCAAAUAUUUACCCAACAUAUUUGAAGAACAUCUCCAAGCAUUAAAUACUGAAUUUAAAGAGAAAUCUGUAGCCAUUAUUAUUGAUGAAACUACAGAUUCUCGGACCUACAGUGUUGUAAAUACUCUGUUCAGCUAUCGCAAUUCAACAAAACUUGUAUCAGUCAAUUAUUUACAAACCAUUAAUAAUACCACUAUUGGACAAAUAGUGAUUCAAAUUUUGGCUGAAUGGUCUAUUUCUUUCUCUGUUCCACUACUCUUUUUAUCUGAUUCGGCUGCGUAUAUGAAGAAAUGUUAUAGAGAAUGA